UACUCUGACGAGCAUUUUAGCUGAGAACAAAUCGAUUUUCAUAUAUCUGCCCGUGAACUCUCACACCAGCUUUACCCCUAUUCAACACCAUCCAUCUUGCUCUGCGAUAUGGUCUACCCAGCACGCCAACAUGCUCUGAAGACGCUCGAGAAGUUGGUCGAACUUCUACCUGCCGUUGAUCGUGCAAAGCCACAAAUUAUUUUGCUUGCGGGAGAGGUGACACCGUAUAGGAAUGAUACGGAUCGGGAGAUGGUGUUUAGGCAGGAAUCCAACUUCCUCUACCUCUCCGGAUGUACCGUCCCUUCGUCCUACCUCCUCGCCACCACUACCUCCGCUUCUCUCGAGUCCAAUUCCCUCUCCCUCUUCAUUCCACCCAUCGAACCUGCAGAUGUAAUGUGGUCUGUUCCGCCACCGACCAUAAAAGCCGCGAAAGAAUACCUCGAAGCUGACACUAUCGCCCAUACUACCGACUUCCCAAAAGCGAUCAUCGACGCUCUCAGUGCUUUCCCCGGCGCACUUAUCCACACACUUCCUCCUGAGUCCAAGUUCCCAGAACUGCCAAAGAAGUACCUUACUCUUGCGCAUGGAACAGCGCAGGUGACGGACGGAUAUUUGUUGACUGCGUUGCAUAGGGCAAGGUUGGUGAAGGACGAGUCGGAGAUUGAGAGGAUCAGGAAAGCGAAUGCGACUAGUUCGAGGGCGCAUGAGGUCGUGAUGCGGGUCCUGGGGAACGGUGUUAGGGGAAUUGAACUGGGUAAAGGGGCAGGGGUCGACAGGCCGUUGUUACCUGGUGAGUGGUUGAUUGAGAAAGAAGCGGAGGCGGAGGCGAUUUUUGUGGCUUCGUGUAGACGUGAAGGCGCGGUUCACCAGGCUUACCUCCCUAUUGUGGCUGCGUCGACGCGAGCAUCGACCUUGCAUUAUUGUUGUAAUGACAAGGAGUUCGCUUGGGGACCGGUUAAACCUCACGAUCAUAAGAAUCGAAAUGACUUUGCACAUGGUAAGGGAAAGGAGCUGAAUCCUCAGGUUUUGCUCAUCGAUGCCGGCUGCGAGUGGGAUUGCUACGCUUCCGACAUCACUCGAACCAUGCCUGUUGGCAACGGUGGCAAGUUUACUCCUGAAGCAAAGGCGAUUUACGAACUUGUUCUCGAGAUGCAGAAGGUCUCCUUCGACGCUCUUAAACCCACCCUCCACUGGGAUGCCAUCCAACUCCUCUGCCACCGCACCCUCAUCAAGGGCUUCCAGCGCCUCGGCAUCUUCAAAUCUCCAAACUCACCAGGCUCGGGCUCCUGGAAUUCAGAAGAAGCAAUCCUCGCCUCGGGCGUCAGUUCGGCUUUCUUCCCUCAUGGCGUGGGCCACUCGUUGGGCAUGGACGUACAUGACGUGCCGAGCGCGAGCAAGCCUGCUGUGAAUCUGACGGUGGAUAAUAAGGGUGUGGAGUUGGGGCAUGAAAGCUUUUAUACUUAUUUGAGGCUGAGGUUGCCUCUUGAAGAGGGUAUGGUCGUGACGGUCGAGCCAGGAAUAUACUUCUCGCCUCAUUUACUCGCUCCUGUCCGCGACUCGCAAUAUAUCGACCAUGAAGUGCUGAAGCGCUACGAAAACGUCGGGGGUGUCAGGAUCGAGGAUGUCGUUUUGGUCACGAAGGACGGGUACGAGAACUUCACGACGGUGAGGAGUGAUGUUGAGUGGGUUGAGGGUAUUUGUUCUGGGAAGCUUUGAGGUGCUGUGUUUGAGAGGCUAGCGGGAAGAAUUGCAAUUCAGAAGGUCGAUAUACGGAUGCAUAUGUACGUGUAGCAAUAUGAUGUGGGAUCUGUAUCCUUAGAUGAAAGGCUUGACGGUUUGAAUAAGCACUC